CUUCUUGCCGGUAUAACCCUAAAAAAAAAAAUUUCUUCACUCUCAUUUACUUUAAAUUUACAAUUACUCUCAUUCCACUAAACUAAUCAACUACAUUCCCAUCUUCUCCUUGUGUACUAGUUUAUUUUCAUCCUCAUUUAAGCGAUCAUGGCGAUGCCGGGCCCAGUUGAUCCAUCAGUGCUUACGCUUCAGGCGACACACAGGAGCGUAGCUGCGUGGGAGGGCUCCACUGCCCAAUUGGUUACUCGUCAGCACUACCAGGCGAGUACGUUACGGUGGGAGGUGGAUGACAGGGUAUUAGACGUAGUCGAGCUAGCUGGUUUUAGAUACAUUCACCGGUUGUUGGGCGGGGGCUUAGAGCUCGAUCGAGCACUUAUCACUGCAUUGGUGGAGAGGUGGAGGCCAGAGACACAUACCUUCCACCUCACAGUUGGCGAGGCAACGAUCACGUUGCAAGAUGUGGCAGUUAUCAUGGGACUGCCGGUUGAAGGACAAGCAGUCAUUGGUCAUGGGGAGGGAAAUUGGCCAGCAUUAGUACAUGAGCUGCUAGGGGUUUGGCCGGAAAACCCUCAAGACCCCUCACAGCCGAAGAUCAUCGUUGGAUCGUCAUUGAAGCUGACUUGGCUUCGACAGCAUUUUAGCGGGCUUGAGGAUGAUGCAGAUGAUGUGACGGUUGACAGACAUGCCCGAGCUUACAUUUUGUUACGUUCACUAUUUAGGGAAAAUGAAAGAAAAAAAAAUAUUGUUGCAGGCCACCAGCAAACCGCCACAUGA